AUGGAUGUGGUGAUGGUGGAUAUGACUGUGGAACUGGGUGAAGACAAAUCUAGGUGGUGGGCUGUGUAUGAGUUAAAGCGAGGCAAAUUGCAUGUCCAGGAGAACGGCGUGGAACGGUUUGAAAAGAGUCUGCAGAAGCAGGUAGCGAAGAUGAUGCCUGGGGAUUUUAUAGAGGUACCUUCUCUAUUGAAUGCUUCCUGA